AUGCCAAGUUCUUUACCUCUUGGAGAUAUUAUAUCUCUCUUCAAAACCAAUAAAAAAAUCAGACAUGAUAAAGACAAUUAUAGAGGAAUAACGCUAUUAAAUGUUAUUGGAAAGAUAUUUGAAAGAUUCAUUUUAGACAGAUGGAUGCCGUUCCUAGCAGAAAAAGGUUUUCCAAACAGUUUACAAUGUGCAUAUCAGCGAGAGAAAAGCUGUUUGGAUGCCAGCAUGUCUUUGCAAGAAGCUGUUUUACACAAUAUCGAGAACGGUAGCAAAGUCUAUCGCUGCUUCUUAGAUUCGAAGAAAGCGUUCGAUACAGUAUGGAUCUCUGGACUUUUCUACAAGUUGUAUAACUUAGGAAUCUAG